AUGAAGUCUAUGGUGUCCCUCAAUAAAUGCGAAGAGUUGACAUUGGCAGUGAAUAAGAUUAAUUUUGAAUAUCAAUGUCUUGCUGCAAAAAUGUUUACAAUCACCUCGAGGAUUGUGGGACUAGAUUACAGGUAUGGACUGCAGCAAAAAUAUGGAAGAUUUUUGUAUUACUUGUCGCCUCCAAGUUGGCGGUUCAAGAACAGACAUUUUGCUCGAUCUAUGGAGAUAGAAGAGAAAGGAUUUGAUUUCGGAAUAUCCAAGGACGAGGAUACAUUUAGUGUUAUGUUUGAAAAGCUGAAAAUGGAGUGUUAUAGUGGCCUUACAAAACCAGUUCUAUACUUUAAACACCAUGGCGAUCUAAUGGAAUUAUUUGACGGGAUAGAGCAACAACAUUUGCAUCACUUUACGCAUGUGGUUCAACUUUCACCUCACACAAUUUUUUUAAAGAAAGGUAUACAACUUUUUAAAGAUAUUAUUGCUCAGGAUAGUGCAGGAAUUCUUGCUACAAUUAAAGAUUUCAAAAAAUUAUUGCAAUUCAGUGAGGAUCAACGGUCCCAGUUGGAGGCAAAAUUUUUUAAGAUAGUCAACGGAUUUUUUUACGACUGCGUGGGCGCCCCAGAAGUUUUGAAAUUUCAGUUGCACUUAGAAUUUUGUUAUGAGAAAAUAUAUAAUGAAAAGCCCAUAAAUAUGGACAUAGUGGGAACUGCUAAGGCUUUAGAAAAUUAUUACAUGGAGUAUUCGAAACGGUUGGAUGAGGUAAAAGGUGACAAAAUUGAAGCCGCUAUGUCCGUGUAUAUUAACUCAGAACGACAAAAAUUCAAACAAGCUAAAGAUGCGGCCAAGGAACUAAGAAUGUUUAGGCGUUUGGAGCUUACCUUACUUCGUGCUCACGCGCCACCAACUAAGUUGCAAGCAAAUUUCAACAUUGCCAAUAAUACACGUUUGAGAAAAAAGAAGUUGUCUAAAGCAAAAUGCGAGGAAUAUAGAAACAGUCUUACGGAGGCUGAAUUAGAAUACUUGACAUUAUUUACUGACUGGACAGAAAAAGAGGAUCCUGAUAACUACUUACAGCAUCGCAUAUCACGCAACGAUGUAGGACCCGGUAGGAAAGAGUAA